AUGGCCAGCCCGUCCUUCUCUCACCUACUCCACCCGGAGCCAGCCGUUCCGUCUCAGCCCCCGCCUCGGUCUCACCCUCAUUCUCAAUUUCAGCCUCAACCUUCUGCCCAUGCACAGACUGCUCACCAGCCUCCACCGUCGUCGUCAUCACCUCGAUCACUGCCCCAGCCUGCUCGCUCACUGCUCCCGCCGCAACGGCCCUCUAACGAUGGAAACCCCUCGCCUUCCUUGGACUUCAUCUCCGUGGCCACGUCUGCCUACAACUAUCCUGCCGCUCCCCCUUCCACAGUAUCGCCGGCCGCCUCUGGUAGUGCGCACUCCGUAGCAUCCCCGGUGACUUCACCCACUGCACACACAUCCUCAGCCUCGGCGGCUGGUCCAGGCCUGUCUAGGAAUCACGCCCCAAACUCGAGCCUCUACCAGUGUGCAGACUGUCUCAAAAGAUACUCCCGCCCCGAGCAUCUUCAGCGGCAUGUUGCCACCCACACGCUAGGCAAGCGCUUUGUCUGUGAUGUCUGUGGGAAGGCAUUUGGCCGUGCCGACCUCCUUAAGAGACACCGUGCCAACCACAACGACGAUGGCAACGGCAACAAGAGACGCCGCAUCAACUCGUCGCCUGGCGCCGGCCGCGUGGCCCACGCGUGUCAGGCAUGUGCCAAGGCUCGCGUCAAGUGCGAGGACACCAAACCGUGCACCAGAUGCCGCCAUCGCAACUUGACCUGCGAGUAUGCGUCUUCUGAGGCCGGGUCUGCCGCCGCUAUGCAUCUACUGCACUUCUCGGCCAGCGCCCACUCGGACUCGUCCUCCCACUCCCACACUCACCCUCCUCCGAUGCAUGCUCCUCCUACUACAACCCCUUCGGGCCCGCCCUCCCGUAAUUUGGGCCCCGAGCCCUUGUCCUCGCAGACAGGGCAGUCUGGGCCUAUACAGAGGGUCCACACCCCAGCCGCCCUGGCCAUGACGAAUCCUCCUUCUUAUGCCCAGUCCACCAGCCGAAGUCCUCCUAUCGUUGCUACCCACACGCAGGGCAGUAACGAAGCAGUACAGCUACCCACACCUGAGACCAUGAUAGACCACAGUGAGCCACACCUUCCUUCUUCUUUCGUUCAUGCUGCCCAGCUCGCCCAGAACCACGCUGCUGUGGUCGACAUGUCAAGACCACAGUUUGGAGAUUUUCUGCAGAAUGUUCUCUACGAUCCACAGCAGCAGCAGCAGUUGGCGUCCUCGAGGAUGAAUCCAGCCCAAGGCCUGGCCGUGUUAGAUUUUUGCGACGAUGCCAACCUGGACAUGGACGAGCUCGACUUCGGCCUAAUCGAUGACUGGAACCUUGGUAACAUCAACGGCAUGCUGGCGACCGAUCCCAACCUGGCCAGCUACAUCUUCACCCAGGCACAGGAUUCCGCAGAGCUGUCCCUGUCUCACAUGCGCCAGCGUCUGGUCUCGAUCUGGGUAGACUCGCCAUGGCGUUGGAUGCCUGACGCCAAUAAGGAUAACAUGGAGACUCAGAAGAGCAACCUGCCACUGAUCGACAUAAAGAACUCUCAGCUGCAGCCGGACAAGGUCGUCAACGACAAAAUGGAGGCUUCCGGGCGGGACAAGGUAUUGGCCAUCAUCCUGAGCACAUGUCAGAAUAAUUCUAUCAUGGGAAGGGUAGCGUCGUCUUUUCCCUCCACCGAGGUGAUGGACUCCUUGGUCCACGUCUUCCUGGCCUGGCACCUGUGUCAGGUAUCCGAGUUCAUACACUUUGGUUCAUUUUCGAUGAAUGGGCAGAGCCCCGAGUGGCUAGGCGUGACCGCCGCAGCAGGAGCCAUCCUGACACCUGUCAGGUCGCUCUGGAAAUUUGGCUUCGCUGUGCAGGAGGCAGUUCGAAUCACAAUACCCAUGCGAUUCGAAGAUAACAAUACCAAGAUUCAGGAUAUAAGUCUGGUCCAGGCUCUCGUGCUGAAUCACGAUAUUGGCCUGUGGAGUGGAAAUCGAAGGCGCAUGGAGAUAGCUGAGUGCCACUUGAACAUCCCCGUUGCGAUGACCAGGGGCAGAGGCUUGUUCCAGCAAUCACAUUAUGAGUACAUCCACGUAGAUGUGGCAGACGAGGGUUCCGACUUGGACGCGAAGUGGAAGCUCUGGUAUCAGCACGAAUCGUGGAAGAGGCUUAUCUUCCAUCUCUUCAUCCGCGACGCCCAAACAUCCAUGACGUCCAUGAUUAAUCCACAUAUAUCGUACGCAGAGCUGACCCUACCGCUUCCUGAGGCCCGAGAGCUCUGGUUUGCCAAGACGGCCCAGGAAUGGAAGAUGCAUUACCUGCGAAUACACGCAGGGCCGCAAACCACCAAGCUUCCUUCACUAGGCGAUCUCCUCCGCGACUUCGACCUGCUCGCGACCGAUGCGCACCGGCUCGACGUGCGGUACUGCAUCUCCAUCUUCCUGCAUGGCUUUUGGACCUUCAUCCGCGAGUACUGCCAGAUGAACUCCAUUUACCGCUGGUCCAAUUUCUCGCCCAACGUGGCCGGCAACCCGAACAUACUGUUGCAGUCUCGUCAGCAGGAACACGUCAAGGCCCUGGAACAGUUCCAGCUCAGCGCAGCACAGAAAUGGCCGCACAUGCUGAUCGCCCAGGAGAACCUCGUGCUCAACCUGCUACUGAUGAACCUGCACGUCUCCUUUGAGGACCUGCAGCUGUUCUCGGGCAAGGAGGGCGACGACCAGGCCAGGCGCAUCCUACCCGCACUGAAGCGCUGGGUGCAGGACAGCGAGUCCCGCCGGGCCAUCUGGCACGCCGGCCAGAUCCUGCAGUGGGCCAAAGAGUUUCCAGUGGGCCACCUCAAGGACUUCUCAGCGAUCGCAGUCCAUCACGCCGCGCUGGCGCUGUGGACGUGGGGCGUCGUGACACGUGCCAUGCGGAGGGGCAAUGGCGGGUUCGACAGCCAGACAGAGCCGGUGAUCCACCUUGACAUGCCCGACUCUGCCCCGAUGCGUCAAUUCGUCGUGUUCGGCUCGGCCAGACCUGCCAUCCGGGGUCCGACGAAAAGAGCAGCCGCGGCCGGUUCCUCCGGCGGCUACGGGCCUGUCGGCGAGAGCAGCAGUGGCAGUGGCGGCAUGGGGACCGUGACUCAGUGCUUCAUCGACGAGCCGACAAGCUGCAUGGCAAUGGUAGAGGACAUUCUCCGCGCCAACUUUCCCGGCGGCCAGGCUGCUCCCAUUGUGGAGAACUUAUGCCAUCUCAUCCAACAGCUGGGCAAGGCGGCCGGCGCUGUCGGGCUGGGGUAGGCCCUGGCCUGCCGGCAAGACCUGAAGCGCGAAGGAAUCGAUGACGAAGAAGAGCACUCUUGAAUUCCUUUUUUUUUUUUUGAUGUGUUGAACCGGGGGUCAAUCAUUAUGUAUUUCCAGGCCAUGCUAGGCCACAGGUCGCAAGGCGUUGGGGCCAAACGGGUGGGUGAAAAAGCCGACCAAGAAAAUUCGGGAAGGGGUUAUUUUUUUCCAUUGUCUCCAGUCGAGAUAGGUUGGUUUCAUUAUAGACUUGCUUUUGCAGUCCGUCGCGAUAGCACUUCUGUUUUCCAUUCUCUUUUCUUUUCUCUGUAUAGACUGUGUAAGAUUAUUGAGAGGAGACGAGAGAUAUGAUACCACCACACCCGUUUGCCUUGUCUUGUCGGAAUGCACGCAAGGGAGGAGAGAGUAAUGGAUGGUAGCACUUGUUGACACUCGAGCAAGAAGAGAGUGGAGGCAAAUUGCCACAAAAGAACACAGCGUUACUUUGGUACUGCUCAGAAAUCCAGGUUACGACUUGUCUUUUUC